UGGAAUAAUUGAGAGCUUAGAGAAUCUUAGGGGAUGUACUGGUUCUUAAAGGUAUCGAGCAUCGAACUAUACAUACGCUCACAUGGAAUAUGGUAUGUUCAUUCACUCCAGUCCCUCAUUCAGAACCUGAGUUCAGCUCCUUAAUUUCACAGAAAAGGCCCAAAGAGGGUAAAUAGCUCUGUGCUAAAUUACUCAGCUGCUUUGUAGAGGGCUUUAACCGGGGGUUAAUUAGCUCCCUCCCUCCCCUUCAAAGAUUCUUUCUAAAAAACCUAACUUGUCUCCGUGCACACGACUGCACUGUUGACAAAGCCCUUUAAUAGCUGGAAAACGCCCCCCAUCUGACUCACCAGUUUAUCAUUUGUAUAGAGUUAUUUACUCAAAAGCGGGAAAACUAUCGAGAAAACCAUUUGUCCCCGACUCCAGAACCCGGGAGUCUGGGAGCUGGUCCACGCUUCCUCCCAGAACCAGCAGGGGGGGCACCAGACAAGGUUUGUAAGCCGCGCCUCCCCCGCGUCUCCUCCCCUUCCUCGCCCAACUUCCCCGUAGCCACCGCUUCCACUGAAGUGGCCAUUGACCUUUAGAGCAGUGAUGCAAUAGUAUAGUAUUUCAAAGAAAAAUAGUUAUCUAAAUUUUGGAUCCGGUUUUCCGUGAAUGUUAAUACUUUUUAAAAAGUAGGUCACAUUUAAAGUAGGUCACACUUCGGGGGCGGGCAUGCAGGCAAGAUGCGUUUCCAACUAAGACCAGGCGGCAUCCAACGGGGUGGGAGGAGGCGAGUGUCCCCAGCAGGAAAGAGGUGCCAAGAUCCUUCCGAAUUCCCGGCUCUGAAGCUUUAGUCCUACAGGGAAUUGCAGAGACUAGCCCUUUCCUGACUGCGGGCACCGAGGCCCGCCAGCCUAUACCUCCCGGGCGCGCAGGCAAACUGUGGGUGACCACUCCUGCGGGGGACUUUGCUGUCGGUCUGCUCAGCCCUGGGGAGGAAGAACCGGCAGCUUCCCACCCCUCCCCCUCCUCUACCGUGUCGGAUACCCCGUAGGGACUCGUUUUGGGGUUCCCGCUGACUUUGAGGACGGACGCGUGCCCACCUCUGACCCCAGCUCGGGCGGACACCUGUCUUUGCCGCGGUGACCCUUCCCCCAUGACCCUGCGGUGCCUCGAGCCCUCCGGGAAUGGCGCGGAAGGGACGCGGAGCCAGUGGGGUAUCGCGGCCUCGGCGGAGGAGCCGUCUCCGGAGGCAGCGCGUCUGGCGACGGCCCUGCGGGAGCUCAGUCAAACUGGAUGGUACUGGGGAAGUAUGACUGUUAAUGAAGCCAAAGAGAAAUUAAAAGAGGCACCAGAAGGAACUUUCUUGAUUAGAGAUAGUUCGCAUUCAGACUACCUACUGACAAUAUCUGUUAAAACAUCAGCUGGACCAACUAAUCUGCGAAUUGAAUACCAAGAUGGGAAAUUCAGAUUGGACUCAAUCAUAUGCGUCAAGUCCAAGCUUAAACAGUUUGACAGUGUGGUUCACCUGAUCGACUACUAUGUUCAGAUGUGCAAGGAUAAGGGGACGAGCCCAGAAGCCCCCCGGAAUGGCACCGUACACCUUUAUCUGACCAAACCACUCUACACGUCAGCACCGUCUCUGCAGCAUCUGUGUAGACUCAUCAUUAACAAAUGUACUGGUACCAUCUGGGGACUGCCUUUACCAACAAGACUAAAAGAUUACUUGGAAGAAUAUAAAUUCCAGGUAUAAGUGUUUUUUUUCCUGAACAUGCCUCAUCUAGAGUAUCUCCAAAUGCAGCUAUGUAAAAGAGAACCAAAACUUGAGUAACACUCUGGAUAACUAACUACGUGGAAUUCUUUCUAAGAACAGCUGAAGUCAGUCUAAUUUAAGUGUGUGAAGAGGUAGUUAGGUAUUUAAAGUUCCCCCAUAUGUUUUUUACCUGAAUGAUGCUUCCCUUCCUAAAGCUGACUGAGAUCAGUUGAUCCCUUUAAAGUGUACCCAGUGAAGGCUGUAAGAGCCUGUUAUCAGAAUACCUUGCCUUUCUGUAGGUCCUUUCCACUAGGUCAGAGGUCCUAGUGCUGGUGGUGGAUUAAGAGCUCCUCAUAGGAGCACUGAAGAAGUGGAAGGAACCAAGCUGACACAGGCUUCACUUCAAUUUCAUGAGCCUGGUGAUCAGAGCCUAUUUUAGGACAUUUUAUAUUUUGCAUUCAGAUAUAUGUAGGAGUUUUGUUAAACAGCUCGUGCUUGUGAAUAUUUAUCCCUCAUUUUAUGCAAUUAACCAAAUCAACCCCCAAAAAAAAAAAAAUUGACCGUGAAAUCCUGUACUUGUCUUUUUACUACAUGUAUGAACUCUCAUGUGAAUGAGUACUGUAGUAAUCCGUUUAAAGGGAGCCUUAUCUCAGAAAUAUCUCAAACUGGUGCAAAUGGGAAAGACUUCCUCUUUUCCUUUAAGGCUAAAGACAUGAAUGUCAUGCUAUACAGGUGCAACUCAAUCCCUGUUAAUAACACCAAUGUAGUAUAGACAUUGUACCCUGUUGAGGUAGCUGUGUUCCAACCUGUUGCCAUUGAGUUUUUAGAAAUGGCUUUAGAAAACUUCCAAGUUGUCCUUGAAUUGCCUAACCACGGACAUCAGCAGUUAUCUCCCUUCUACCAUGUAGAACACUUCGAUUUAAUUUUCUUCCACAUGGGGGGGGGGGGUACCUGCCUAUUUUUCAAAGUGUUUAUUUACUGCUGUUACUGUUUGAUUAGAAUGUAUUAAAUAAAAUUAAAGAACAACCUGUCUUUUACAAGUUGCAAUUACUUUGAAUUGUAGAGAACAUAACAAUUUCAUGACGAUAGAGGGGUUACCGUAUAAACUUAAUGUCAAGUGAAAUAAGCCAAAUAUUCAAAGGAAUAGAAUAUUACUUGCCUGUCUCUAAAGUUAUAGGGUAUAUCCUCACUUUGCAUUUCUGAAAGCAUGGUUCAGAAACUACAAGAAUUGCCAAGAGGCCUGGUCUUUUACGAGCUGAGUAGGCAUAACACUAAUGGCCUUUGUCUUUCUAAAAACACGGUUUAGAAAUUAGAAAAAUGAGGAUGUGGCCUAGUCUUUUACAAGUUUAAUAGACAUUACACAAAAUAAAAAUAAAAGUUUUAUGGCCAUUUUUUUUCUCUCUAGAUUGUCUUACGGCUGUUGCAAACAUACCAUCUUUUCUGGAGCCUAGAUGUUAUUUGUUUUGCCU